AUGUACAAAAUUGUAAGUAAAGCGCACUUCACCAAUCUCAAUCAAACGAGGACACCCAUGACAACCAAAUUGCAGUUCAUUUUGAUAGCCGCAGCCCUUUUGGCCUUUGCCCAAGCACGUCCGGAUGCCUAUGAUGCAGCAGCGGAGACACGCGAUUUUAAAAGCGACCUUAAGGAGGAUGGCAGCUACAGCUAUCAGUACCAGACUUCCAAUGGCAUAGCGGCCCAGGAGACGGGUGUUGGUGGCUACUAUGCAAGCGGUUCCUCUGCCUACUAUGCGCCCGAUGGCCAGCUGGUGCAGUUGACGUACACGGCCGAUGAGAACGGCUAUCAUCCCAGUGGUGCCCACCUGCCAACACCACCACCAAUUCCGGCAGCGAUACUAAAGGCUUUGGAAUACAUACGGACACACCCGCAUCAGGAGGAGCGACAAGGAGCGCAGCAGUUGAGAUAUCGCCCUUUAAAGUUCUAA